UUGCACUAGACAAUAAUUAAGAAAGCCUCUCCAAAAUGACGUUUUCUCGUAGCAGCUCGAUUUCCUUCUUCAUCCUUGCUUUAUUCGGCGUCUUAAUUAAUCCGGCGAUCUCUUCUCGCGUCUCAUCCUUCAUCAAGCUCCCAAGCUCCGUCGAAUCUCGCUCUUCGGACGUUUCCUACUGCGAGGGCUGGAGAUUGGCUGCCGAGACCAACAAUGCCGGAACCUGGAGGGUGGUUCCGUCUCAAUGCGAAAACUACGUUAAAAACUAUAUCAACGGAGGCCAGUUCGACAAAGAUUACGAUGUACUCGCUAGUUACGCCAUCGCGUACGCUAAAACGAUCAAUCUUGCCGGCAAAGAUAAGGACGCGUGGGUCUUUGACGUCGAUGAAACGCUUCUCUCGAAUCUUGAGUACUACAAGGCUCAUGGUUACGGGUCUGAACCGUACGACAAUACUUUGUUCAAUGAGUGGGUGGUAAAAGGAAAUGCCCCAGGUUUUGAUGCGAGCUUGAGACUCUACAAAGCUCUCAAGAAACUUGGUUUCACUAUCAUUCUCCUAACCGGCCGAGAUGAAAGUCAAAGGAGUAUCACCGAGAAAAAUCUCCGCGACGCUGGUUAUUUCGGUUGGAACCGACUCCUCUUGAGGGGUCAUGAAGAUCAAGGAAAAGCAGCAGCACAGUACAAAUCAGAGCAGAGAGCAAAAGUGGUUAAAGAAGGCUACACAAUCCAUGGAAGUGCUGGCGAUCAAUGGAGUGACUUGCAAGGUUUUGCCGUGGCCACUCGUUCCUUCAAAGUCCCAAAUCCGAUCUCGAUUACGUUCUUCAUUCUAGCUUUAUUCGCCGUCUUAAUUAAUCCGGCGAUCUCUUCUCGCGCCUCGUCCUUCAUCAAGCCCCCUCGACGUUCUUCCAUCGCUUCAUACUGCGAGAGCUGGAGAUUAGCCGCCGAGACCAACAAUGCUGGAACUUGGAAGGUGGUUCCGUUCCAAUGCGAAAACUACGUUAAAAACUAUAUCAACGGAGGCCAGUUCGACAAAGAUUACGAUGUUGUUGCUAGUUACGCGAUCGCCUACGCUAAAACGGUCAAGCUUGGCCGAGACGGCAAGGACGCGUGGGUCUUUGACAUCGAUGAGACGCUUCUCUCCAAUAUUGAGUACUACAAGGCUCAUGGUUACGGGUCUCAACCGUAUGAUAAUACUCUAUUCAAUGAGUGGGUGGUAAAAGGAACAGCCCCAGGUUUUGAUGCGAGCUUGAGGCUCUACAAAGCUCUCAAGAAACUUGGUUUCACUAUCAUUUUACUAACCGGUAGAGAUGAAAGUCAGAGAAGUAUAACCGAGAAAAAUCUUCGGGACGUUGGUUAUUUCGGUUGGAACCGACUCCUCUUGAGAGGUAAAAAUGAUCAAGGUAAAGCAGCAACACAGUACAAAUCAGAGCAGAGAUCAAAAGUGGUUAAAGAAGGUUACAAAAUCCAUGGAAAUACCGGCGAUCAAUGGAGUGACUUGCAAGGUUUUGCCGUGGCUGCUCGUUCUUUCAAAGUUCCAAAUCCAAUCCUUUCGAUUUGGUUCUUCUUCUUCGUCUUCUUAAUCAAUCCCUCCAUUUCUAUUCGCACUUCCUUCAUCAAGCUCCCCACAAGCGACGAAUCUCGCUACUGCGACAGCUGGAGAUUAGCCGCCGAGACCAACAACGCCGGGACCUGGGAUGUGAUUCCGUCAAUUUGCGUGGAUUCCGUCGCCGAGUAUCUUAACGGAGAUCAGUUUCGAUCAGAUUACGAUGUCAUCGCCGAUUAUGCGCUCGCAUUCGCGAAAUCGGUUGAAAUCUCCGGCGACGGUAAGGAUGUGUGGAUCUUCGAUAUCGACGAGACGCUUCUCACGAAUAUUGACUACUACAAGGCUCAUGGUUACGGGUCUGAACCGUAUGACGAUAAUAGUUUUAGUGAGUGGGUGGUACAAGGAACAGCUCCAGCUUUUGAUGCGAGCUUGAGACUGUACAAUGCUCUCAAGAAACUUGGUUUCACUAUCAUUUUGCUAACCGGUCGGGACGAGCAUCAAAGGAUUUCCACCGAGACAAAUCUCCGGGAUGCCGGUUAUUCCGGUUGGGAACGUCUCCUCUUGAGAGGUCCAAAUGAUCAAGGGAAAUCAGCUACAAAUUACAAAUCCGAGCAGCGAUCGAAACUAAUUGAGGAAGGUUUCAAAAUCCGUGGCAAUUCCGGUGAUCAAUGGAGCGAUCUUCUAGGUUUUGCCGUGGCUGAUCGGUCUUUCAAAGUCCCAAAUCCCAUUUACUACAUUCCUUGAUCACUCAUUUCUGAUUUAUGUAUUGAGUAACAACUUAUGUGUUUUAGACAUUAAUAUCAUGUUU